UGAGGGGACCGGGGGGGACCUGUGGGGACUUGGAGGGAUCUGAGGGGACUGAGCUGAGCGGACAGGAACGAGCUGAGGGGACCCAAGGGAUCUGAGGGGACCGAACUGAGGGGACAAGAACGAGCUGAGGGGACCUGAGGGGACAGGAACGAUCUGAGGGGACCUGGGGGACCUGAGGGGACUGAACUGAGGGGACAAGAACAAGCUGAGGGGACCUGGGGGACCUGAGGGGACCGAACUGAGGGGACAAGAACGAGCUGAGGGGACCUGAGGGGACCGAACUGAGGGGACAAGAACGAGCUGAGGGGACCUGAGGGGACAGGAACGAGCUGAGGGGACCUGGGGGAACAAGAACAGGCUGAGGGGACCUGAGGGGACUUGUGGGGACCUACGGGUACCUGGGGGGACCUGAGGGGACAGGAACGGGCUGAGGGGACCUGGAGGGACCUGAGGGGACCCAAAGGACCGAAGGGACCUGAGGGGACUGAGGUGAGGGGACAGGAACGGGCUGAGGGGACCAAAGAGACCUGAGGGGACUUGUAGGGACCUAAGGGUACCUGGGGGGACCUGAGGGGACAAGAACGGGCUGAGGGGACUUGUGGGGACCUGAGGGGACUGAGGGGAACUGGAGGGACUUGAGGGGACCAAGGGGACCUGAGGGGACCUGAGGGGCCUGGGGGGCGAUGGCGGAGCCGCUGCUGCGCCGAACGUUCUCCCGCCUGAGGGGCCGCGACCGCCCGAAGAAACUGGAGGUCAAGGACAGAGAGACCUCCCCCCCGAGCCCCGACUCCCCGACAACCCCGGAGGUGCCAGCGCCGGAUCCCCCAUCACCCCACAAGCAAAACCACCCCCCGAAACCCCCCCGGGACACGAGUGACAUCGGUGACACCGACGAUGACGAUCCAGGGGACGACGCGGCAAAUGGCCCCGGUGAUUUUGGGGGGGGCGGCAGGAGCCCCCCCCAUGGUUCCUACCUGCAGAGCCUGGAGCGGAGCAGCCGGCGCUGGGUGUUGGGACACGAGGAACCGGGAGGUGACACCGAUGGCGGUGCCACCACCAGCGGGGACAUCUGGUACAACCCCAUCCCUGAAGACGACGACCCCCGGGGGGGACACGGCAAAGAGUCCCCCUCCCAAAUAAGCUGGGAAGAGCCCCCCCGGAGCGCGAUGGGGACUUUGGGGACAGGGGACGUCGGUGGCACUCGAGAGGAGCCGGGAGCUGGGAGGACCCAGGCGUUCGGCAAGACACCUCUCCCCUGUGUCACCACGGGGACCACCCCGUCCCCUCCCACCAGCCCCAAAAAGAGCCGUUCUCUCCCCAAAACCAAAUCCCCCGGCACCGUCCGCCGCCUCUCGCUCAAGAUGAAGAAACUCCCGGAGCUUCGGCGCAAACUGAGCUUACGGAGCCCCCGCCCUCGGGGACACGAUGACAACGGGGGACACUCCGGUGCCACCUCCCCGCGCGGCGUCAUCACCCGCUACCACCUGGACACCUCGGUGGCUUCGCCGGCGCCGCCGCCGCGACCCAAACCAACCGGUUACCUGAGCGACGGCGACUCCCCGGAGCUCCCGGUGAAAACCCGCGGGGACGCCGCCGACGGUGACGCCGCCUUGGACGUCACCGCGUUCCGUCCCUACAGCUGCGAUGACACUUCGGCGCUUGGCCCCGUGUCGGGUUUGGUCGCCGUUCACCUCCGCGGCGUCCGGGAUCUGAAACCGGCAGCGCCGAGUGCCGAGCCGCGGGAUUAUUUCUGCGUCUUGCAGGUGGAUUCGGCCAAACGGGCGCGGACGGCGCUGGUGCCGGCGCAGGGGGCGGCGCUGGGGCUCAACCAUAACUUCAACCUGGAGCUGGAGGCCGCGCGGCACCUCAAGGUUAUGGUGUUUGCGUGGGACGCGGCGGCGCGGCGGAACCGGCUCUGCGGCCACGGCACCGUGGGGCUGCCGCAUGUCUUCCGAGAUCACCGAACGCAACAACUCGCCGUGCGGCUCCAACCCCGCGGGAUCCUCUACACCAAACUCACCUUGGUGCGGCAAAACCCCCAACCCGGCGCUCCACAACCCCCUUUUGGGGCAGAAACCCCCAGUUUUGGCUCAGAACCCCCCAGUUUUGGCUCGGAACCCCGUGUUUUUGGCUCGGAACCCCGCGUUUUCGGCGUGGAGCUCCGGCGCCUCGUGGAGCGGGAGAACUCGCCCACCAAAGUGCCGCUUCUCAUCCAAAAAUGCGUCGCCGAGAUCGAGCGGCGCGGGUUGAAGGUGGUGGGGUUGUACCGGCUCUGCGGUUCGGCCGCCGUCAAGAAGGAGCUUCGGGACGCGUUCGAGAGGGACAGCGCGGCCGUGACGCUGUCGGAGCGGCGCUACCCGGACAUCAAUGUUGUCACCGGUGUCCUGAAGGAUUUCCUGCGGGAGCUGCCGUCCCCACUCAUCCCCCCCGGGUUGUACCGGGCGGUGUUGGGGACAAUGGGGACAUUGGGGACACUGGGGACAACAGGGAGCCACCGCGAGGCCACGACGCUGCUUGACGGGCUGCCCGAGCCCGAGAAGGCCACCCUGACGUGUCUCCUGGACCACCUGAGCCUGGUGGCCUCGUUCCGCGACUGCAACCGCAUGACCCCGCAGAACCUGGCCGUGUGUUUCGGGCCGGUCCUGCUCGCCCGUCCCCCUGUCCCCGACGUCACCGAUGUCACCGACGUCACCGCCGCCCGUCCCCGAUGUCCCCGAGGUCCCCAAGGUGACGUCCCCGUCGACUUCAAGUGUCACCUGGAGGUUCUGCACUACCUGCUGCGGGCCUGGCCGGCCCCUCCCCCCCGCGCUGUCCCCCCAGCACUGCGCCUGGACCUGCCGCCGGUGACACCAGUGACACCAUCUGUGCCACCGCUGGUGACACCGCGGCCACGUCCCCGUGGCCCCGAGAGCCCCCCCAGCAACCGCUACGCCGGAGACUGGAGCGUCUGUGACCCCCCCGGUCCCCAGGGGACAGCGGGUGACACGGGUGACACCGCCAUGGGGACGCGUUUUGGGGACAUUGGGGACAGUCCCCGGCUCAGCCUGAGGGACUUUGAUGCUUUGAUCCGGGAGCUGGAGCGGGAGCUGGCGCAGCCCAUCGAUGUGUGUCUGUGACAUCGGGGACAUCGGGGACAUCGGGGGACGGUGACGGGAGGCGGUGGCACUUGGUGGCCUUGGGUUUGAAUGGAGGGGAGAGGAGGGACGGUGGGGACAACACAGGGAUCCCGGUGACAAAACAGGGACAUGGUGACACCACAGGGACUUUGGUGACAACACAGGGACCUGGUGACAACACAGGGACCCAAAUGACACCAGUGGGACCCUGGGGACACCACAGGGACCCCGGUGACAACACAGGGACCCCGGUGACACCACAGGGACAUCGAUGACAACACAGGGACCUGGUGACACCACAGGGACCCAAAUGACACCAGUGGGACCCUGGGGACACCACAGGGACCUCAGUGACAACACAGGGACCUUGGUGACAACACAGGGACCUGGUGACACCACAGGGACCCAAAUGACACCAGUGGGACCCUGGGGACACCACAGGGACCCCGGUGACAACACAGGGACCCCGGUGACAACACAGGGACCCAAAUGACACCAGUGGGACCCCGGUGACAACACAGGGACCUCAGUGACAACACAGGGACCUGGUGACACCACAGGGACCCCGGUGACACCACAGGGACCUGGUGACACCACAGGGACCUUAGUGGCACAACAGGGACCUUGGUGACACCACAGGGACUUUGGUGACACCACAGGGACCCAAAUGACACCAGUGGGACCCUGGGGACACCACAGGGACCUCAGUGGCACAACAGGGACCUUGGUGACAACACAGGGACCUGGUGACACCACAGGGACCCCAGAGACACGGGUGGGACCUCAGUGACAACACAGGGACCCAAAUGACACCACAGGGACCUGGUGACACCACCGGGACCCCGGUGACACCAGUGGGACAGUCCCCAGAUUGUCACUUGACCAUGCCCAAAUUGUCACUUGUGUCCCCAAGGUGGUGACACUCACAUUGAUGUCACAGGACACAGGGGGGACGCAGUGACACUUUAUGGCCAUGGGGACACAUCUGUCCCCUGGCUUGGGAACCAAUGGACAAACAGUGUAGGUGACAACAGUGUCACUUGUCCCCAAGGGUCCCUGACCCCCCCAGGGUGACCUGACCCCCCCCAGCGCUGCCACCGCUUUGUCAUUGUCACCAGCAAUAAACACUCACUGCCA